AUGCUGGGACAGGUGUCGCAACAGCAGCCGCAGCAGCAGCAAAGCAUGCUGGGACAGGUGUCGCAACAGCAGCAGCAGCAAAGCAUGCUGGGACAGGUGUCGCAGCAACAGCAGCAGCAAAGCAUGCUGGGACAGGUGUCGCAGCAGCAGCAAAGCAUGCUGGGACAGGUGUCGUCACUGCAGCAGCCCCCUGCUCCCCAGCAGGGCAGUGGGGGGCAGCCCAUGGUUCCGAAGCAGCAGGGGAUCCUGGUCCAGCAGCUCUCGCCUCAGCCGCAGCCAGGGAUGAUGGGGCACUCCCAGGUGUCCAUGCUGCAGCAUCAGGGCGUCGCGGGCCACCAGAACCCCCCGAGGCAGGUGCUGUUAGCGCCCCACCAGCAGAGGGUGCUGGGCUCGCCCCAGCUGGUGCAGCAAACUCACGGCCUCAUGGGCCACCGGCUGAUUUUAUCGCCAGCGCAGCAGCAGCAGGCGGGACUUCUGGGCCAGUCACGGACUUUGCUGACCCAGCAGCAGCAGCAGAGCUCUAUAGCACAGCAUCCGGCCCUGCUGGGGCAGGGGCAGGGGCAGGGGCAGGCCGCCCAGCCGGGCCUCCUGGGGCAGGGGCAGGCUGCCAAGCAGCAGAUCCAGCACUUUCCACAGCAUGGGGCCCUGGGCCAGUCCCCCUCCAUGCUGCACUUGAGUCAGGGAGCUCAGCCAGCCCCGCAGGGCACGGCCGCCAAGGAGCAGCAGGGCGGGGCAGAGAGCGCUGUGCUGCCCCCAGAGGGUGCCGAGGGCAGGGGGCAGCAUCCGGUUCAGCUGUCGGCCGCUGUGGGUGGGCCGGGCAGCCAGGACCUCGGGGGGCAGCCGCACAUGGGCACUCAGGAGCAGCAGGGCAUUCAGAACCUCAAUCCCCUGGCACUGGCCAGCCAGGAGCAGCCGCCGCAGAAACACCAGCCCGAGCCGGGGCAGCAGCAGCCCCGCCCCCUGCCCUCCCCGCAGCAGAUCAUGGCGAGCUCCCUGCAGCUGCAGCCGCCGCAGCGAAUGCAGGGGGGCCUGCAGCAAAGCAACCUGCUUCAUCCACCGCUGCAGAACAGCGGGGGGCUGGCGCAGCUGGGGGGCAGCAUGAGGCCAGAGCAGCCGCACUCGGACCCUGCCCAGGGGCCUCACUUGCUGGCCCCGCCGAGCUCAGGGGCAGAACAGCAACAGCAGCCCGGGAGCAUGACGAGCCAGGGGCAAAGCAUCAUGGUCCAGCUGCCGCCGCCGCAAAGGAUUGUGGGCCAACCGCCAGCACAAAGCCUAGAACAGCAAGCGAAAGGGCUGGUGGGCCAGCGGCUGCCGAGCCCGGCGGGGCAGCACAAGGCCGGGCUGAUGGGGCAGCCGCAGCAGAGCAUGCUGGUCCCGCAGGUGUCCCAUGCACAGAGCAUCCUGAGCCAGGUGUCCGCUCCCGUGAUGGGCCAAAUCCGAGCUCAGCUGCAAGGCGUCAUCUCCAAAAACCCGCAGCUGCGGCACCUCACCCUGCAGCAGCAGCAGCAGUUGCAGGCCUUCCUGGUGCAGCGCCACCAGCAGAGCCUGCUGCAGCAGAGCCAGGCGCUGAGGCAGCCCAGCCCCUUCCCGGGGCAGGCCCAGGCAUCCGUCGAGCAGGGGCCACCCCCCCCCUCAGCCCUGCAGGCCUCCGUGGUGCACCAGCAACCGAGGCAGCCGGGGACAGUGUUCCAGGUCCGGCCAGCCGGCCCCUCCGUUGCUGCCGAGCAGAUGCAGCCAGGGUUUGUCAUGGAGCAGGCGUCCGCCGGCCAGCAGAGAGUGCCGCUGAGCGCCCCCCAGCAGCCGCUGGCGGAGCUGGUGCACACGGCGCUGGCAGGACGUAGUCCCCAGCAGGGGGUGCUCAGACUCUCUGCCCCGCCGGCAGCUGCCCCGGUCCAGCCGCCCAUGAGCAUGGUGAGCCUGGGCUCUGUGCAUCAGCACCCCCCACCCAGCCGGGAACAGAGCCCCCAAGAGCCAAAGGAAGCCUCCCCGCCCACCCUGGCCAGGCCGCCCAGUGUGGCACAGAGCCCCGGGGCACAGCCCGAACACAGGCUGACGCCCACCCAGAACAGCCUCCUGGCGGAGCCGGUGCCCGCGGUCCCAAAGCCUCCCCCCAGCCAAACAGGGGAGGAGUCCUUUGCCGGGACCCCUGGCCACUGGGAGUCGGCAGCGCAGGGUCCCCACUCCUCUCCCAGCAUGGAGCCCACGGAUGGAUCGAGAAAGCCACCGGCCGGGAGUCAAGUCAACGGGCAGGGGGUAGAAAGGCCAGGCCCACAGGCCUCUCCUCUGCAAGGGGGGGCCCUGCCAGCCCAGGCCCCCGGGCUCUGCAUCAAGCAGGAGCCCAAGGAGGAGACAGCGCCGUGCGUGCUGGGCGGGGGCCAGGCUGUGAAACGCGAGGCCAACGGGGAUCCGGCACCCGCCCCGGCCAACAAUCUACUGAUGGGCAGCCUGGCGGGCGCCAGGUCUGAGGCCGGGCACCUGCUGCUGCAGAAGCUGCUGCGGGCCAAGAACGUGCAGCUGGCGUCGCAGUGCUCCGCCGAGGGGCCGCGCCCGGAGGUCAACGGGCACAGCGAGGGCAAGCUCUCAGGGCUGGAGCAGAGGCUGCAGGCGGCUCCCCCUGGCCGAGAGGAUCCCUCCGCCAGCAAGAAGCCUCCGGCCCCGAAGCCCAAACGGGCCCAGAAGAGCGGGGAGCGGGUGGCCGCCUCCCGCAAGAAGCUGCGCAAGGAGGAUGGGCUCAAAUCCAGCGAGGCCCUAAUGAAGCAGCUGAAGCAGGAGUUCUCCCUGCUGCCCCUGGUGGAACCCACCAUCACGGCCAACUUCAGCCUCUUCGCGCCCUUCGGCAGCAGCCCCAUCAACGGCAAGAGCCAGCUGAAGGGGGCGUUCGGCAGCGCCGUGCUGGACAGUGUCCCCGACUACUACACCCAACUGCUCACCAAGAACAACCUGAGCAACCCGCCCACCCCGCCCUCCUCGCUGCCCCCCACCCCACCCCCCUCCGUGCAGCAGAAGAUGGUGAACGGCGUCACCUCCUCGGAGGAGCUGGCCGAGCAGCCCAAGGAGCCGGACCAGGCCCGGGAAGCCGAAGGCCGGAAGGACGCGCCAGCCGUGGAGGUGAAGAGCCUGGACCUGCUGGCGGCCCUGCCCACGCCCCCGCACAACCAGACCGAGGACGUGAGGAUGGAGAGCGACGAGGAGAGCGACUCCCCCGACAGCAUCGUCCCCGCCUCGUCCCCAGAGAGCGUCCUGGGCGAGGAGCCGCCCCGCUUUCCCCUGCUGGCCGAGGUGAAGCUGGAGCUGCCGGAGCGGGUGCUGUCGCCCGUCAUCCCCAUCAUCCCCAGGGCCAGCAUCCCAGUGUUCCCUGACCCAAGGCCCCCCGAGGCGCGGGAGGCCUUCGGGGAGCACGGCGGGAAGGUGGCCCUGGCGCAGGGCGUCGCAUGGGAGAAGGGGAAAGGCAGCGAAGUCUCCGUCAUGCUGACCGUCUCGGCCGCAGCUGCUAAGAACCUGAACGGCGUCAUGGUGGCCGUGGCCGAGCUGCUCCGCAUGAAGAUCCCCAGCUCCUACGAGGUGCUGUUCCCUGAGAGCCCGGUGCGGGGCUCCGGGCCCGAGGCCAAGAAGGUGGAGACGGACGGGGCUGGUGGGCUCGGUGGCAAGGCCAGGGCGGCACUGGCAGGGAAAGCCCCCGACGCUGGCACCGAGUGGCUGAAGCAGUUUGAUGCCAUGCUGCCGGGGUACAGCCUGAAGAAUGAGCAGGACAUCCUGACGCUGCUCAAACAGGAGAGCCCGGGGCUGGAGAAGGCCGUGCAGCACUGCUACGUGAACAACGUCUCCAACCUGGACGUGCGUCAGCUCUCCAUCCUGCCCCAGGAGCCGUCCCCGCCCCUGUCCCCCCUCGUCCCCUCCCCUGCCAGCCCCGCCGACGGGGACAGGAUCCCAGAGGCACCCCCUGAGGUGGCCCCCGCACCCCCCUCCCCGCCAGCCCUCUCCCCGCCCUCCAAGGAGGAGGCGGCGCGCUCGCCGCCCAAGCUCAAGCAGCGCUCGCGGCCCCCAGAGGAGGGAGAGGAGCCCCGGCCCCGGCUCAAGAAGUGGAAGGGGGUGCGGUGGAAGCGGCUCCGCUUCCUUAUCACCAUCCAGAAGGGCGGCGCCAAGCAGGACGGCGAGAAGGAGAUCUCCGAGUUCAUCGAGAAGCUGGGCACCACCCUGCGGCCCGAGAAGGUGCCCCGGGACCUGCGCAAGUGCUGCUUCUGCCACGAGGAGGGGGACGGUGCCACCGACGGGCCCGCCCGCCUCCUCAACCUUGACCUGGACCUCUGGGUGCACCUGAACUGCGCCCUGUGGUCCAGUGAGGUGUACGAGACGCAGGGCGGGGCGCUGAUCAACGUGGAGGGGGCACUGCACCGCGGACUGCUCACCAAGUGCUCCCUGUGCCAGAAGACGGGCGCCACCAACAGCUGCAACCGCAUCCGCUGCCCCAGCGUCUACCACUUCGCCUGCGCCAUCCGGGCCAAGUGCAUGUUCUUCAAGGACAAGACCAUGCUGUGCCCGCUGCACAAGCUCAAAGGCCCCUGCGACCAGGAGCUCAGCACCUUCACCGUCUUCCGGCGCGUCUACAUCGAGCGCGACGAGGUCAAGCAGAUCGCCAGCAUCAUCCAGCGCGGCGAGCGCCUCCACAUGUUCCGCGUGGGCGGCCUGCUCUUCCACGCCAUCGGCCAGCUGCUGCCCCACCAGAUGGGCGACUUCCACAGCGUCACAGCCCUCUACCCUGUGGGCUUCGAGGCCACCCGCAUCUACUGGAGCCUGCGCACCAACAACCGCCGCUGCUGCUACCGCUGCACCAUCUGCGAGAACAACGGGCGCCCUGAGUUCGUGGUGCAGGUCAUCGAGCAGGGCCUGGAGGACCUGGUCUUCACCGACUCCUCGCCACAGGCCGUCUGGAACCGCAUCAUCGAGCCGGUGGCGGCCAUGAGGAAGGAGGCGGACAUGCUGCGGCUCUUCCCCGAGUACCUGAAAGGCGAGGAGCUCUUUGGCCUCACGGUGCACGCGGUGCUGCGCAUCGCCGAGUCCCUGCCUGGCGUGGAGAGCUGCCAGAACUACCUGUUCCGCUACGGGCGCCACCCGCUGAUGGAGCUGCCGCUCAUGAUCAACCCCACCGGCUGCGCCCGCUCCGAGCCCAAGAUCCUCACCCACUACAAACGGCCCCACACCCUAAACAGCACCAGCAUGUCCAAGGCCUACCAGAGCACCUUCACGGGCGAGACCAACACGCCCUACAGCAAGCAGUUCGUGCACUCCAAGUCCUCGCAGUACCGCCGCCUCAAGACCGAGUGGAAGAACAACGUGUACCUGGCGCGCUCCCGCAUCCAGGGGCUGGGGCUCUACGCCGCCAAGGACCUGGAGAAGCACACCAUGGUCAUCGAGUACAUCGGCACCAUCAUCCGCAACGAGGUGGCCAACCGGCGCGAGAAGAUCUACGAGGAGCAGAACCGAGGAAUCUACAUGUUCCGCAUCAACAAUGAACACGUCAUCGACGCCACGCUGACGGGGGGCCCAGCCAGGUACAUUAACCACUCGUGCGCCCCGAACUGUGUGGCUGAGGUCGUGACCUUCGACAAGGAAGAUAAGAUUAUCAUCAUCUCCAGCCGCCGGAUUCCCAAAGGGGAGGAGCUGACCUACGACUACCAGUUUGACUUUGAAGACGAUCAGCAUAAGAUCCCCUGCCACUGCGGAGCCUGGAACUGCAGGAAAUGGAUGAACUAGCCGCCACGGGGUCACCAGUCGCAGGCAGCCCCUGCUGCAAGGAGGCCUCUGCUGCGGGUUCUCCUCCCCCUUUGCCAUGCUGGGGGCGGGGGAAGCAGAGAUGGCGUAGGGGAAACGGCCCCAUCUGGAACCCAGGAAGCGAGGUUGGUGCAGGUGGGUCAGCCGGGGCCACUUUCAGUUCCAAAGGCGAGGUGGCUCCAGGGGGCGCCGGUCCUCGCUCACACCCAUCGGAUGCUGUCCACCUAACUUCCACAGGGAGGGCGUACUGAAAAGACCAGGGACCUCGGUUCUCUCCCUAGCCACUCCAGCCCUGCGCGCCUCGGCCCUGGGCCUCUGCUGGCCGGGCGCUGCUCUCCCCGAGUGGGUGGCCGCCGCGCCAUGAGUGGAACUGAUGAACUGGCAACUCAGGGUUUUCUUUGUUUUGUUUUGCGAGGAGGGCAGGGCCUGUGGCACCAACAAAACCUGCUCUGUCCACCUUGCUCAUUGUAAAUAACUGGACGGAUGCGGGGCGAUCGGGGUGCUCCAGCUCGGAGUCCGGGGCGGGGCGGCCGAGGUAUCGGACCCACGGGGAGCUCAGAUCCAGUCUGUUUGUUUUUAAAAAAAAAAAAAAAAAAAUUGAAUAAUAUUUGCUCGCUAACUUACCAAGGUAACAAAGAGACUCCUUGAGCUUGACAAUCCCAAACCUCCCAGCCCGGCUCUCUGGAGACAGCCAGAGCUCGCUUGGGCUUCGGUUUAUUUCUUGUUCUGUCAACGAAAGCACCGUGAGCAUGUGAAGGAGGCACCAGCUGCCGGAGCAGAGCUGGGGAGAGCCGCGUGCAGAAAAGGGCUCCCCCCACCCCACCCCCGAUGGACACAAGGAGCCUCUGCACCCAAACCUACCUCAUUUUAAGUGUUAGAUUCUGCUGUUUUCAAUGUGACCCUCCCUCUGAGCCUGACCACGCGCAACCUUCCUAGUUCCCAAUGAGAACUAGUGGCAGUGGGCGGAGCCUGGGGAGCCCAAGGAGUGACAGUGGGCGGAGCCUGGGGCCAAGGGAGAUUGUAGCCUUGAGCUCUGACCUGGUUCUGCCUGGAAGGAGAGACCAUAAAAUAUCCCAGGAUUCCCUCCCCCCACCUGUGGGCCCCGCCCAGUUGGGUGCACAGGAGUGUUCCUGGCAACUCCCCCACCCUGCACAAAGCUGGGCACCCUGCUGCCAGCCGAGGGGCAGGGCCCAGGAGCGGUGGAGGUUUGGGGCUUUAACUAGAAUGUGCCAAGACCCUGGCCUUGCUUCCACCCACCUUCCCAGCACAGCACAGCGUGGCGGGGAGACCAGGCGUUUGGGUUUGGAGGAGCUGAGCUCCAGGGGGAGCCUCGCUUCAGGCUGAGUUUGCUGCUGCUGCCAUACUCCUGAGUCUGGGGGUGGGGCAGGGGGCCCUGCCUGAGCCACUCUGCUCCCCCACUACCCAGCUCCCCUUUCACUACCAGAACUGCUGCUCUAGGCUGGCCUGAGGAGGCUGUCUGUGUCUGUAAUGUCGGCAUGGUAUGGGGGGUAUUUAUCUAUUUAUACCUUAGCUUGUAGAUAGUAGAACCUUGGGGGGGCGCUCUCCUGUGCUCUGCUUGGCCGAGAUUUUGGACUGUGGGGUAGAGGAGAUCUCGGGGGGAGGGCGGGGGGGACAUGUUCCAUAACUCAACCGGGGGGAGCAAACAUCCUCCCUGCUCUUGUCUCCAUUGUUAAAUAGAAACCCCGUACGUGACAGGGUCCAGGAGCCUCCUGCCACGCGUGGGCUCCCCGGGGAGGGGAGGGGAGUGGUGGCUUUACAAACCAGGCCCCACUUCUCCCCCUGCCACAGCACCCUAUUGCUGAUGGUUGAAUGCUCAUCCGGGAGGGACCUUCUAAGACUGCUGUAAACCAGAUGGGGCUGGAGGUCCUGCGCUCGCCGCCCCUCUCCAUUAAACUGUAUCGUUUGACAUCUCUUAACGCACAAAGGCAUGACACCCCCACCCCCUCGGGGAUGGCACAGGGACUGGCACAGUUGUGAGGAAAGAAGCAGAAACAAACUCCUGACCUGCACUCCCAUGCCACAGCUGCCUGGCUCAGCUGAGGAGGGUUCUCUUUUGUAUUAAACUUCCGUCCUCUCCUGGGGCGGGAGAGGGAAUUCAAUGAAGUGAGAUUAUUUUGGGGGGAGUGAAAUCUGGGGGAGGGGGCCCCAGGGCAUUUUAUGUAUUUUAAUCAAAAGAUUUCAAGUGAGAGAGAAGAACUGUUGCGUUUUUAAAAAGCUGCUUCUGCAACUAUUCAAAGCUGCAAAAGGUUUAAAAUGAAAUGUUAAAACUCGGGGUGAGGGCAGGGAAUAAUAAAAUAAAAAAUAUACACAAAAUUUAAAUUUAAAACUGUAAAUAAAAUGGGAGCUGUGUAGAGAGAAAAAAACGUUUUUACCAAUAAUAAAACCACUGGAUGUUAUUUUAAAAUAAAGAUGUGUGAGAGAGAAAAAGCCAGUAUAACUUUUGUUUUGUUUUUUUCCAUUAACU